AUGAUAUCUAGACGCCGCCAAAACACCAGCUGCGAUCCAUGCCGUCGCGCAAAACGGCGCUGCUUCUUCGCGCUGUCCGCCAAUGCGCCGGCCGAGAUCCGCUGCGUCAACUGCGAGCAUCGCAACCGGUCCUGCACCUUCGAGUUUGCAGCAUCAAAGGCAAUUUCCCAGAGGCCAGCGACCGGGCUCGAGCGUGGAAGCGAAAAUAGCCUGCUCCACUUGCCACGAGUGGAAGCACAGCCCGCCAGUGAUUCAGAUGUCUGGGCCUCGUGGCUGGACAUGGAUGCUGGCCAAUAUAAUCCCGAGAACAAUCAGUCCACCUUCUCGGAUCUUGUUGAUCCGUGCUUAAACAUUACAGGUACUGGUACUGAGGAUCAGUUCUUACGCAGAACAGAGAGAUCUCCAGGCUCUGCGGGAUAUCUCGGUCAACCAAUUGUUGGCGGCUCGCCGAACAGUCCAAUCUACUUAUUAAACACAAAACUGGAUGCAACGAUUCUCGAGGACCGUCUAUCCUGCAUCCACAAUGCCAUUGUGACCGGCUGCGCAUCCAGAUUUGUUGACUUUGAGUGUAACCUAUAUGCGACAGCCUCUCGGUAUCAACUAGAUGGCAGUGAAAUACAGGCUCCAAAAACAAGUCAUUUAUCGGAAGAGUCUAUCUGCGCCAGCCGCUGGAGCCGCGGAAAGGAACAGGCUUUUCUUUCAAUGACCUCGCUUGGCAUUGUACGCUUCCUAGACCAUUUCAGUGGACUUUAUGGGAACCGGCUCUCCCCGUAUGAUAAAAGACUCUCGGCCAAGGCAUUUAAGGCGGUGCUUCGGGCCUUCUCGAUGCAGUGGCUUUCCACUGACCGUGAAUCAGUAAGCUCACUAAGUAAUGCAUACCAUGAUACAUGGUUCCACGCGAGAUCGAUUUUGCAGAGCGCGCAAUCCGUAAAAUCCUUCAGGGUUAUCUACGCUAUCCUGCUCUUCGACGGGAUUGCCAUUCCGGGAAAGCCGAAAUCUAUCGCACCCCAUGAAUUUCUAAAUACCGGACUGGAGAGUCUUCAGUAUCUGCAACGACUUGUGAAUGAAUAUUGCGCCAUACUCGGGCCCCAUUCUACAUAUAGUUCUCUCCUGGAAGCCAGCUUGAGUGUUGUUUCCUGGGCUGGGUAUAUCCGCGAUAUCGGCGCUGCUCUGACGGGAAGUCAUUCCUGUAAGCUUCCAUCUGCGGUGUAUACAAAGGGAAAGCCGCAGGACAUCAUUCAGUCUGGUACGGUCGGAGACAGUUUAACUCUGGGGCUGUCUCGCGAUGCCACAUACCAAGACCUAGAUGACAGUAUUCCGGCUAUAUGUCGCAGAGCAGUCGCGAACGCCUUUCACGUCUGGAGACAGAUCAUCAGAGUAAAGGAGUUGGCUCAGGAUUCUCCAGUAUCUGUUUCUGAAGUUGUCUCCACGAUUGCUGCAGUGAAAGAGUUCAAUCAGAUAUUCCGCCCGUUCAUGAGUCGUUGUAUAGAAACCCUCGAGCACCUCUCUACCGGCUCAAAAGCCUCUUCUGUAUCGAUAAUAUUAUUCUGGGACCUCGGCGUCCUUAUCCUCGCUGAAUCAAUCAUCGACACAGACCUUGUAUCACAAAUCCAACCCUACCGUCUUGAAGCAAUCUCUUCAGUCACUGAAACAGCCCAGCGCCUGCUCUCCCUAUCUCCAGAGGAAGCCUUCAACAUCCAGCACGGCUUACGUGUAGACGUUCCUAUCAUCUCCUACCAUAUCACCCCGAGCUUAACUGCAACGACAUUUGAAAAAGCCAUCGAGGCGAUGAUUAAUGUCCGUCUCUCUGCUGUGGAUGAUGAACAGGAUAAUGUGUCGAACUGGAAAGAGAAAAUAGACAUCCUCAUGAAAUCACUGGCGUCGCUCGAUGCUACGAUCGGUGGGGAACAGGCCACCAAGGCUGCAUUUAGCUCUUUAAUGCGAAGACAUGGCGAUGUGCUGUCUGAGUGCUGGACUGAGUUUACCAUGUAA